UUCUCUUCUUUCUCUUCUUCUUCCAUCUCCCUCGUCUCUUCUUCUUUCUAUUCUUCUAGUUUUUUUUUUCUCUUCAUUCUCUUCUUCUUCUUCCCUUUUCACUUCCUUCUCUCCAGCACAGCACCGCGACAGCUUCUCUCCAGAACUGAGUUUCAAUAACACGGUCGGUAAAAUCCACGACAGCUUCGCUCCGAGACGUUUGCAAGUCGUAUAUUAAUGGCGACCAGCGGAAGAAAACGUGGGAGAGAGACCAACCAAAGUAGCAGAGAAGCUUGUGCUCAGCCAUUGAGGCCAAUAUUAGUCGAGCGGGAGGUCGCUCUAGAUGACUUCCGUGAUAUUGCGUGGGAGGGACGGAGCAUACACUCCAUCAUCACUAACCGGGGAUGGGCACCGAUUUGUCAGCAGAGGGGUAUUGCAUAUCCAGAGAUGGUGGGAGAGUUUUACCGUGCCAUGGGUCAGAUAGAAGUUGAUGCAGAGUGCUUCACCUUUGUUGUUCGGGGAGUGAGAAUUACGUUCUCCCCUAGAGUUAUUGCUGAUUUUCUUGGGAUUCAACGUGUGAUUGGCGCAUAUCCUGCAUCGACUAUGGCAGCUACACCGGUUGCAUCGACUGCACAAUCACUGCCUACACCGAAUGUAGGGACAAAUUCCCUCGAUGAUAGUGAGGAUGAGGAUCCAGUUGAUGAUGGUCUCACAAACGAUGAGGUUCGUCAGUUGUUGCUAGACCCUUCGACUCCUCUAUAUGAUAGCAGCAAGGUAAUCAGACAGGCAGACUGUACAGCAUUCUUUAGAAUGCUAAAUUUGAUUGUUUCAACAAACAUUGAUCCGAGGAAACACAAGACUGAUUUCGGCAUUGAGCGAGCUCGAUUGAUGUUGCGGAUAGCACGUGGAAAGCCAAUUGACCUGCCAUUAUAUUUCUUCAUCCGCAUUCGAUCUGAGUCACGUUAUUCGAGUGUAGGUAGUCUACCAUUUGCAUUGAUGAUCUCUAAUCUCUUACUCCGAUUAGGUGUUACCGUGCAAGGGGCUGAGCGAAGGAUGCCACAGAUAGGGCCUCUUAACAAGAUCACAUUCAGCAAGAGUCAGAGUCACUUGCUGAAGAUUCAAGCAGUACAAGAUAGUGGCAUGUCGAGUGAUCCAGCUUGUAGAACUAGUGCCAGUGUAGAGAGACAGCCUGCUAGGGCUAAUUUGGAUCAGGUACGAUUUUUGUUCAAUGAGCUAAAACAACAUAUGAAAAAUGAGUUCUUUGAGCCCAUCAUGGAGAAGCUUAAGGAGAUGGAUGGACGCAUAAGUUCCUUGCAGGAGGAUUUUGAUCUAAUUAGCAAAUAGAUAGUUUUAGUUAUUAUUUUACUUUUUUGAUGUUGUUUUGAAAAUUAU